ACCCUGACUACGGAAAAAUGAACUGCAAUAACUUGUUGAUUUAAAGGAAAAAAAAUCAAGCAACUCGUUCUUUUUAUAUGGUUAAAAUCUGAAAAUGAGGCCAAAUUUAAAAUGGAAAGAGUCGGUUCGUGAACGUGUUUAUGACCUUGCCUUCAAGCCAGAUGGCAGCCAAAUUAUAAUAGCUGCAGGGCAACGUGUUCUGGUCUGUGAUGCCAAAGAUGGAACUAUCAUUCAGCCUUUGAAAGGACACAGUGGCACAGUGUACUGUGUGGCCUAUGCCAAGGAUGGUAAGAGGUUUGCGUCAGGAUCCGCAGACAAAAGCAUCAUCAUUUGGACUUCUAAACUGGAGGGUAUCUUAAGAUAUACCCAUAAUGAUGCUAUCCAGUGUGUCGCCUACAACCCGGUCACUCACCAGCUUGCCUCCUGCUCGUCUGGUGACUUUGGCUUGUGGUCCCCUGAACAAAAAUCUGUAAACAAGAAUAAAGUGAGCAGCAGGAUAACAUGUUGUGGGUGGACAAACGACGGGCAGUACCUCGCCCUUGGCAUGAUGAAUGGUGUGGUGAGCAUACGGAACAAGAAUGGAGAGGAGAAGGUCAAAAUCGAGCGUCCAGGUGGAUCUUUGUCCCCAAUCUGGUCCAUAGCUUGGAAUCCCUCCAAGGAUGAGCACAAUGACAUGCUGGCUGUGGCAGACUGGGGUCAAAAGCUCUCCUUCUACAAGCUCAGUGGAAAGCAGAUUGGGAAAGACAGAGCUCUAAACUAUGACCCGUGUUGCAUCAGCUACUUCUCCAAGGGCGAGUACAUUGUGAUGGGUGGCUCUGAUAAGCAGGUGUCCCUCUACACGAAGGAUGGCGUGCGGUUAGGAACCAUCGGAGAGCACAAAGCAUGGGUGUGGACGUGCCGAGUUAAGCCCGACUCCAACUAUGUGGUGUGCGGCUGCCAGGAUGGGACAAUCUUCUGCUACCAACUUAGCUUCACCACGGUUCACGGCCUCUACAAAGACUGCUACGCCUAUAGGGACAGCAUGACCGAUGUCAUCGUGCAGCACCUCAUCACCGAGCAAAAACUGAGGAUCAAGUGCCGUGAGCUGGUAAAGAAGAUCGCCAUCUACAGAAACCGUCUUGCCAUCCAGCUGCCGGAGAAGAUCAACAUCUGCGAACUCAGCUCGGACGACUCCUCCACCAUGCACUACCGCAUUAGCAAAAAAAUCUGCAAGAAGUUUGAGUGCAACCUGCUGGUGGUCUGCUCCCAGCACAUCAUUCUCUGUCAGGAGAAGAGGCUCCAGUGCCUAUCUUUUGACGGCGUCAACGAAAAAGAAUGGGUGAUGGAAUCUAUGAUUCGCUACAUCAAAGUGAUUGGCGGCCCGCCAGGCAAGGAGGGUCUACUUGUGGGGUUAAAAAACGGAGCUAUCCUGAAGAUAUUUGUCGACAACCCCUUUCCAAUAACGCUGCUGAAGCUGUCAACGUCGGUGCGCUGCCUGGACAUGAGCGCGUCCCGCAACAAACUGGCCGUGGUGGACGAACCCAACACGCUCCUCGUCUACGACAUCAGCACCAAGGAGCUGCUUUUUCAGGAGCCUAAUGCUAACAGCGUGGCCUGGAACACCCAGUGUGAGGACAUGCUGUGCUUCUCCGGGAACGGCUACCUUAACAUCAAGGCCAGCAACUUUCCCGUGCACCAGCAGAAAAUGCAAGGCUUCAUCGUCGGCUACAACGGCUCCAAGAUAUUCUGCCUCCACGUCUAUUCCAUGUCUGCCGUCGAGGUGCCUCAGUCAGCACCCAUGUACCAGUACCUGGAGAAGAAGAUGUUUAAGGAAGCUUAUCAGAUCGCCUGUCUGGGCGUGACAGACAGUGAUUGGAGGGAUUUGGCCACAGAAGCUCUGGAGGGACUUGACUUUGAAACCGCCAAGAAAGCCUUUAUCAGAGUGAGAGACUUGCGCUACCUGGAGCUGAUCAGCAGCAUUGAGGAGAGGAAGAAGCGGGGCGAGAACGACAGCGAGCUGUUCCUGGCGGACGUCUGCGCCUUCCAGGGGAAAUUCCGCGAGGCGGCCAAGCUCUACAAACGCACCGGCCAUGAAGCUAAGGCCCUGAGCAUGUACACCGACCUGCGCAUGUUCGAGUACGCCAAGGAGUUUGUGGGGGCUACAGACCCAAAGAGCUCUCGGAUGCUGAUAACGAAGCAGGCGGAUUGGGCCAAAAGCAGCAAGGAGCCCCGGGCGGCAGCGGAAAUGUACCUGUCAGCAGGAGAACACAUGAAAGCUAUCGAUAUUAUUGGAGAGCACGGCUGGGCAGACAUGCUGAUCGACAUCGCCCGUAAGCUGGACAAGGCUGAGCGCGAACCGCUGGCAAAGUGUGCGCUGCACUUUAAGAGGCUGAAACACCAUGGCUAUGCCUCUGAGACUUACUCCAAGAUGGGAGACCUGAAGGCUUUGGUGGAGCUGCACGUGGAGACAAGACACUGGGAAGAGGCCUUCUCGCUGGCGGAGAAGCACCCGCAGUUCAAGAACGACGUCUUCGUGCCCUACGCGCAGUGGCUGGCGGAAAACGACCGCUUCGAGGAGGCGCAGAAAGCAUUCCACAAGGCUGGCCGUCAAAGUGAAGCCGUGAAAGUCCUGGAGCAGCUUACCCACAAUGCAGUGGUGGAGAACAGGUUCAACGACGCAGGCUACUAUUACUGGAUGCUGUCUAUGCAAUGUUUGGACAUCGCCAGAGAAAGCGAAGAACAGAGCGCGGAAAUGCUGCAGAAGUUUGACCGUUUUCAGCAUCUUGCUGAGCUUUAUUACGUCUAUCGCUCCAUCCAGCGUUACACGGAUGAACCAUUCAGUUCCCACAUGCCAGAGACGCUCUUCAACAUAUGCCGGUUCCUGCUGAACAACCUCACCAAGGAUGUACCACCGGGAAUCUCUAAAGUAAACACCUUGUUUGCAUUGGCCAAGCAGAGUCGCAAACUGGGCGCGUAUAAGUUGGCCCGGUAUUCCUACGAGAAGCUCCAGGAGCUGCACAUCCCCUCGCGCUUCCUGGAGUCCAUAGAGCUGGGCAGCCUUAGCAUUCGCUCCACGCCCUUCCACGACAGCGAGGACCUUAUCGAGGACAUGAUGUGCUACCGGUGCUCCACCAACAACCCCCUUCUGAACAACCAGGGCAGCGUCUGCAUCAAUUGCAGGCAGCCUUUCAUCUACUCGGCUUCAUCGUAUGAGGUGCUGCCCCUGGUGCAGUUUUACUUGGAGGAAGGCAUCAGUGACGAAGAAGCUCUGUCCCUCAUCGACCUGGAAGUUCCUCACACUGACGAGGCUGAAGCACGAGGCCACAACGUGGACAGCGGCGACCUGCAGGCUUUGAGGAUAGGUGACGAUUUGGAUUAUACAGAGGAAGAUCCAUUUACAGCCAAAAUGAGCUUUGAGCAAGGGGGCUCCACCUUUGUCCCCGUCAAGGUGAGUCGUUCGGUGCUACGCUCCAUGAGCAGAAGGGAUGUCCUGAUCAAACGCUGGCCCAAGCCACUCAAAUGGGAAUACUUCCGCUCCCUGCUGCCGGAUGUGAGCAUCACCAUGUGCCCCAGCUGCUUCAAGAUGUUUCACAGUGAAGACUAUGAGCUCCUGGUGCUACAGCACAGCUGCUGUCCUUACUGCCGCCGGCCCAUUGACGAACCAAACUGAUCAGCCCUACACCAGAGCCGUAUUAUUAAACAGUUCACUUAUUUUGGUAAUUACUAAGAUACCCAAGUACUAUUAUGAUGACAGGCAUUUUAAAGCAGUCAUUCAACAAGAUCUGGACUUUUCCAGUUUGCUGUGGCUAAUAAUAAAAAAGAAAAGAGCAUUGUCCGUCACCAUCGUUUGAUUGAUCAAAGGAAUGUAACCGAAGUGUAAAAGGAUCCAUAUAUCAGCGUCAAGAAAACACCAGUGGAUAACGUUGACUUAAGUUUUUAGGUGUAUUAAACUUGUUUUUAAGUUAUCUUUGUAAUCAAUACAUGUCUUAACUUUACACCCUAAAUAUGUCUUGCAGGUUUUUAAAGGAGCAAUAAGUAGGAAAUUUACUGUAAAAUUAACCAAAAUCAUUCUCAUUUGUCACCCGAGAUGGAAGUAACAUUCCCUGUAAACAAUCGGUCCUCUACAUCAACAAUGUCUUAGUCACGUUUCUCUCCUUUCACACCUAGAGGUACGGCGUGGAACUACUUUGUUGCAGUGUGUAGCCUGUCCUUACUUCCUGGUUCGCGAGCCAAUCAUAUGAGAGUUCCCAGGGUUCCCAACACAGAGCGCAGCUUUGUUAUUUUAUGUUGACAAAAGAGCAGCAGCCUGCUAACAUGGAAGCCUGUAAGAGAAGCGGACCAGAAAUAGAACUGAAUACAACAUCAUCAUUCUGUGUACGUAGGUAGGAACUCAGUGGGGUUUCACAGCAGCAGAGGACCGUUGAGGAAACGGCAUAGACUGUUGUCAGUUGUGUAUGGGUUGUUCCGAUUUGAGACUCUAGGUGUCAUUAUUACUUAUUCUUCCUUGAAAAAGUCUUAAAUAUAACUACUCAAAUUGCAAAAACUCAAUGUGAAAAUUUCCAAGUCUCA